GACUCAUCUUGUUUUGAAUGCGGUUUUGUUAAAAAUGCAGUUUGGAGCAAACACAGGAAAUCAACUUCCUGCCCAUGACCAGUGGCCGGUCCUCAGACUCUCAUGACUUAAGGGGAACAGAAGACUCCACUGACCAAAGGACGGAGGGAUCCGAACCGUCUGUGAUCAGCCGUGUCUCCAUGAAGAGUGACCAUUCAAUGGAUGUUCCGCUAAAAUUCAAGAAUAAUGUUCUCAACAAAAAAGAAUUAAGCAGUGCCUUGGAUCGGAAGUUAGCGGAUACCGAAGAAUAUAGUGAAGUUGCUGUUACCAACCAAAGUGCAUAUAAAAGCUUUCUAAAGAGGAAGCUUCAAAAUGUGCACGAGGGCAUCGGCGGGCAGCUGGGGAUUGCACGCCUUUUCCAGGAAGCCUACACAGAGCUCUACAUUGUGGAGGGGGACUGCACGCAGGUCAACAUGGAACAUGAGGUCAGGCAAAUGGAGGUGUGUACCAGGAAGUUACAGGCAGCCCCGGAAAAGGUGGUCAAGUGUGAGGACAUGUUCAAACCCCCGUCUGGGCAAGAGAGGCAAACGAGAGUGGUGUUGACAAAAGGACUGGCUGGCAUUGGCAAGACAUACUCUGUGCAGAAGUUAAUGUUGGACUGGGCUGAAGACAAAGCUUGCUCGGACAUUGGCUUUCUGUUGUCUCUGCAAUUCAGAGAGUUAAACCGCAUGAGGGACGAGCAACUGAGUUUGUUCGAACUCUUGAAGCGUUUUCAUAUGAUGAUUGAAGACGAAGACUUGCGUAACCUUGACAAGUACAGUGUCGUUAUUGUAUUCGAUGGCCUGGAUGAAUGCAGACUGCCCCUGGACUUCCAGAAGAACUCCCCAUGGACUGACAUGGCCAAAGCAACAUCAGUGGAUGUGCUGCUGACCAACCUCAUCAAAGGGGAUCUGUUGCCCAGUGCCUCUGUGUGGAUAACAUCCCGACCCGCUGCAGCAAACAAGAUCCCUCCUGGUUGCGUUGAUGUGGUUACAGAGAUACGUGGGUUCCUCGACCCACAGAAGGAGGAGUAUUUCAGAGGAAGGUUCAGUGAUGAAAACUUGGCCACCAGAGCCAUCUCGCAUGUCAAAUCCGCAAGAAGCCUCUACAUUAUGUGUCACAUCCCUCUCUUUUGUUGGAUCAUGGCCACAGUCCUGGAGGACAUGUUGGACCAAAAUGAGACGAGAGAGAUUCCCAAGACUCUGACUGAGAUGUACAUCCGCUUCCUGGAGAUUCAAACUCGAACAACGGCCUCAAAGUAUGGAGAUGCUGAUAGCAGUCAGGUCAUUCUGACUCUGGGGAAAGUAGCCUUCAUACAGUUGGAGAAAGGCCAUCUAAUUUUCUAUGAGGAGGAUUUGGUUGAGUGCGGCAUCGAUGUGAACAAGGCCGCUGUGUACUCAGGAGUGUUCACCCAGAUCUUUAAAGAGGAACACGGACUUUCCAGCAACAAAGUCUUCUGCUUUGUCCACUUGAGCAUUCAGGAGUUUCUAGCUGCGGUAUACAAAACUGAGUUGAACAGCCGUCCACCUGGCUUCUUCCAUUGGUUCUUUUCUUGGUUUAGAAACCAUGACAUUUACCAGCGCAGUGUUGACGACGCCCUUCAGACCAGCGAUGGACACUUGGACCUCUACCUCCGCUUCCUCCUGGGACUCUCCCUGGAGACCAACUGGAGUUCCCUUCAGAGCCUGCUGGAAGCAGCUCAGGCUGGAACCAGGUCAGGGAACAGGGAGAAGAUAUGUAAAUAUAUCAAAAAGAAGAUUGGGGAGAGCUCUUCCUCCGAAAGAUGUAUCAAUAUGUUUUAUUGCCUGAAUGAGCUCCACGACGACUCGCUGGUUGAAGAGGUUAAAAAAUUCCUUAACUCGAAAGACAAAGACAAACGUUCUCCUGCACAGUGGUCUGCCUUAGUGUUUGUGUUGCUCACAUCAGAGAACAAUCUGGAUGAGAUUGAUCUGAAGCAAUUCUGCGAAGAGGGACUUCUGAGGCUACUGCCAGUGGUCAAAACCUGCAAAAAUGCUCAGUUGAACCAGUGCAACCUCACAGCCAGCUCCUGUGAAGCUCUACGCAGCGCGCUGAGCUGCUCAACGCUGACAGAGCUGGAUCUGAGUCACAACAGUCUGCAGGACUCGGGAGCCGAGGUGCUCUUUGGUGAAAUGAGGAGUCCACGCUGUAAGCUGGAGGUGUUGAGGCUCUCAGGGUGUUUGCUCACACAGCAGAGCUGUGGUGCUCUGGCCUUGGCCCUGACCUCCAGUACUUCACUCAGAGAGCUGGACCUCAGUAUUAAUGACCUGAAGGACUCUGGGCUCCAACAGAUCUCUCCUGGCCUGGCCAGACUCCACAAGCUGAGCAUGAGCCAAUGCAGUUUGAGCCAUGCGUGCUGUGAGGCGCUGUCCUCAGCACUCAGCCAGCCCCACUCCGCCCUGAGAGAGAUGGACCUGAGCAACAACCACCUGCAGGAUCAGGGAGUGAAGCUGCUCUCGUCGGGACUCCAGAGUGUGAGCUGCCAACUGAGGAUAUUGAGGCUGUCUGGUUGUGGGGUCUCAGGGGAAGGCUGUGAUUCCUUGGCUCAUGUCCUGACCUGUAAGCAGUCCAAACUGACCGAGCUGGACCUCAGCUAUAAUCAUCUGGACGGACGGAAGCUGUCGGGGGCCAAACCAACCAUGAAACUUGAUGUGGAUCAUUGUGGAGAAUACAGGCUCCAACCUGGACUCCUAAAAUACGCCUGCAAGGUUACCAUGGACCCGCACACAGCGCACCAGAAUCUGGUCGUCUCCGACGACCACAGGACGACAACCUGGAAGCGACAGGCCCAGUCGCUGACUGACGCCGACCGAGCCGAGCGCUUCGACUCCCGACGACAGGUGCUGUGUGAGCAAGGGCUGACAGGAGGGCGGAGCUACUGGGAGGCGGAGAUAACGAGAGAGGUCGAUUUAGGAGUGGCGUACAGAAGGCUGAAGAGGAAAGGCGAGGAUGGGACCUUAAUAGGAGAAAGCAACUCAUGGUCAAUGUACCGCUCCGACACGAAUUACACCGUCCGUCACGAUGGCGCGUCCCACUCACUGCCCAUCACCCCGACCGCUUCGGAAAGAGUCGGGAUGUAUCUCGACUGGGCCAAAGGCACGCUGUCCUUCUACAGCGUCUACUCUGACCGACACACACACCUUUACACUUUCCAGGCCACGUUCACCGACCCCCUCUACCCCGCAUUCGGGUUUGGCGUUAAUGCGGUGGUUCAUCUGCCUCAGAUUCAGGCUGAUGGACGGCAGGAGCGUCCACCUGGGGCAGAGUGAGUGAGGAACUCUCAUUAAACCUGAGGUCAAGGGCGAUCAAGAGAUUCAUCCAUUGGAGUUGGGGGGGCAUCGACAAUACGGCGCACGUCAUGAAAAUUCGGUAUACAAGCUUUUCAAAAAUAAAUAAAAGUACACCUACUUUUGGACAGAGUUUUACUUUUGACUGACUACUGUAGAAACAGAUAGUCAAUAUAUUGUUCCGUCUCAAGUAAUCCUCUAGAAUGAAUCCAUUAUUAAAACAAUGUUUUGGGCUGUUUUAAUUUUUUAUACUUAGGUUUCGUAAGUGUGUCAAAUGUACUGAGUAAAUAAAUUGUAUCAAGUGCU